AUGGCCACGGAAACAACUGGGACAGCCCCGAAAGAAGAAGCCCCGCCCGUCGAAACUGACAAGGCCGGAGGGCUGAACACCCGACGUGCCUCCACCACUAGGCGGUCGCGUCGAAAGAAGGAUGAAGAGACGGCCAACACCCCCGAUACCAAGGCUAAAAAGGAAAAGGAAACAAAAGAAAAAGAAAAGCCUACUCGCGCCCCUCGUCGUCCACGCGAAAAGUCUAUGACCACCGCGGCAGCACGCAAGAAGGCGAAAUUGGAGCAACCAGCGGAUGAAGCCACGGCUGGCGCAGCAGCUGCAGACCCCCGGACUCCAUCACAGAAGGCUGCUCCUUCUCCCCAACCUACACCACAACCUAUUUCCACUCCAGCUCCAGCCCCCACUCCAGUCCCAGCUCCAGUCCCAGCUCCAGCUCCAGCUCCCGUUCCAGCGGCAGUUCCAUCUCAAGCUCCUACACCUACACCAGUAACCGCACCUGCACCUCCACCCGCAGCCACGCCCACACCCACACCCGCGCCUGUAUCUGCACCUCCUGCGACUGCUCCCCCCGCUCCACCCGCCCCAACACCAACCUACUCCCCGAGUCCACACCCACCACCAGCGCCUAGCCCUGCGUAUAACAUUCAUCAAUCUUAUCCGCCUCGGCCUCAUUCACAACCCCCUCCUCCUCAGCCGACGCAGCCACCACCUCGAACCAGCGGUCAGAACUUUGACCCGAUUCGCUCAGCUUUCGGCACAGCUUCUCCCGCCCCGGCUUAUAGUCCUCCAACACACACCGUUUCGCCCCAAAAUAACUAUCGUGCCAGUGCCUCGCCGGCCAUCUCGAGUAUCAUCGAUCCACCUACCCAAAGCUCACAACCGUCCUAUCCACAACUUGCUCGAUCUACCUCUGGCCAUGUCUCGACUAUUUCCUCCCCGGCGCCGCAUGCCGUGGCUCCUGCGCCCUCCCAUCCUUCCCUAGCUCCAUCACCAAUGCCGGUAUCAUCACCCUCGAAUGGUCCAACUCCCGUGACCCAGUCAAUACCAUCCAAUUACCAUGCGUCAUAUACAGCUUCGGGUCAAAAUCCACCGCUGUCACAACCUCCCCAGUUGGAACUCUCCCCGCCAGCGCUUCAGCAUCAACCAGCUCAGUCGCAGCAGCCUCCACGACAAGUCGAACCCUCAGUGCAAGCAUUUACCCCGCAGAAAUCCCAACAAUCCUCCGAUGCCAUGGACAUUGAUUCAAAAGAACCAAUCGCAUCAAGCGCUAAGAAAGAGAAGGGUGCCGCUACUGCGCCAUCCUCCAAGGCCCCGUCACCAAAGCCGGGUCGCGCGACCAAGGAAGCUCCACCACUCCCCCAAGGAUCUGGGUUGAUUACCACCGCCUUAUUUGGCGGCGCAGACGAUUCCAAGUCCCCGGAUGCGCGCAGCACGCCCAACAUCAUCGUUCACGUUCCCUUGCAAAAGGGAAACCAGAUCGUGAACUUUGCGCAAUUAGCAGAGGAGCAGUAUGGAUUCGCAGCAUUACAUCCUCGCCUCGCCGCGCACAAAGAGCGUCUCGCCCGUGUUGCCGCUGCGGGUGCUGCCCUCGAGCGCAACGAUAAGGGCAAGUCUGCCGGAGAGAGCGCCGAAGAAGACCUAAGUCUCGAUGUGGAUCGCGAUAGUGAUAUGGACGGAGACAUUACCAUGGGAGGCGCAGGAACCGGGACCAACGGUGCACCCUCCGAGGCCAGCGAUGGCAAGAAGAGGCGGCGCAAGAAGGUGGAAGAGUACGAUCGAGACGACCCCUUCGUUGACGACAGCGAGAUGGCUUGGCAGGAACAAGCCGCUGCAAGUAAAGACGGAUUCUUCGUAUACAGUGGCCCGCUCGUACCAGAGGGUGACAAAGUCCAGGUGGAACGGUCAGUCUCCUUCCUUGCUACAUUUCCAAUUGAACCACAAACUAACCAGCAAUACAGUGCCGACGGAACAAUCAAGCGCGGCCGUGGUCGCGGACGAGGCACAGGCCGAGGUCGAGCCCUGGCUUCACACCCCCAUGUCCCCAUCGCCGCCGCCGUCCCCAUAUCCCAAGAUACAGGUCUGCCUCUCCGCGGCCCCGGUUCAAGAGGCGGUACCUCGCGCCGACCCCGCGGGUCCAAAAAAGCCGACGCUGAAAAGCACGGCGAACGAAACGGUACAUCGGCUUCAGCGGCGCACGAAGGCCGCGGCGCUCGUGGAGGCUCUGCUCGCGGCGGAAGCUCAAGUACUCGUGGAGCGAAAACAUCCGCGUCAACGCCUUCCACGCCCGCUCAUAAUAGUCCGUCUGUGAUGUCGAUGAUGGAUCUGGCUCCUGCCCCGCCGAACUUGACUCCGAGUCAGAACCCCAAUCUCGCCCCGACGCCGGGUCCUAGCCCGCUUGCUGGACCGAGCUUGUCGUGA